AUGGCAAUCGACGAGAAGCACGAGACGCUUUCGCACAUCACCCUACUCACUUCCCAUUCCAGACUGACGCCAAAAGUAUUCGCACAUGCUUGGCCUGGCAAUGGCACGGAAUUGGAUCCAUUUCGCAUCGAGUUCCUGCCGGACGAGCCAGGAAAUCCAAUGGCAUUCCCAACUUGGAAGAAAUGGGUGUUGACGGUCAUCAUGGCUGUCGGAACCUUCAGCGUAACAAGCUCGAGCACAACGUUUUCUGGAGCGAUCCCGCAAAUUGAGGAAAGCUUCGACGUCGCCAAGGUGGUCGCGACUUUGGCAGUGUCGCUCUUCGUGGCCGGCUUCAUUAUUGGUCCCAUGGCGUGGAGCCCGCUGAGCGAGCUAUAUGGCAGGCAAUACAUAUACCUGCUCACUUUUGGCAUGGUAAGUCCACCUCGACGAAGACAGCGAUUGUAUCAGAUGGGUGAUGAGUUACCAGGGCACUCUUUUCGGAGGCGCCAGUCUAGCCUGCAGUGAUAACUUGGCGGGAUUGCUCGUGUUGCGAUUCCUGUCCGGUGCGUUCGCAGGUGCCUGCGUGAACAACUCGGCGGGCGUGAUCGCAGAUAUGUUCCCAGCCAGGGAGCGAGGACUUGCUCUGACCAUCUACUGCUCAGCACCGUUCAUGGGGCCAACAGUGAGUUUCUUUUGCCGCGCAUUUCAUGCCGGCUCACUCUUAGCUGACGAUGUAGGUGGGUCCGCUGGUUUCAGGCUUCCUGGCAUCGUCUACUGGCUGGUUCUGGUGCGAUGUUUUGACGGUCUGCUUGGUUGCGACGAUGUUCCUCGUUGGCGUCCUUCUGGUACCCGAAACGUACGGUCCUCGGCUUCUGAUCUGCAGAGCGAGGAGCAUGACCAAGAGUACGGGUAAGGUGUAUCGCAGUAAAGUCGAAGCAGAGAAAGGGUCGAGGCCAGCACGGGUUGUCUUUCGCGAGGCAAUGGUGCGGCCUUGGAUCUUGCUGGCUACGGAGCCAAUCGUCCUGCUCAUUGCGGUGUACGCAUCGAUCAUCUAUGGCAUACUGUUUCUGGCCCUCGCAGCGUUCCCGAUCGUCUUCGGCGGGGUCCACGGCUGGUCGCAAGGCAUCUCCGGCCUUUCUUUCCUUGGCGUCAUUGUUGGCCAAGUGGGGGCUGUAUUCUUCUAUCUCUGGCUGGACGUGCGAUACAAACGGGUAGCGGCUCAAUGGGGCGGCAUGGCGCCUGCUGAGGAGAGACUGCCGCCAGCGCUCAUCGGAGCACCAAUUCUGACCAUCGGGCUAUUCAUCUUCGCGUGGACGACCUAUGCGAGCGUGCACUGGAUCGCACCCAUCAUAGGGGCUUCGCUGUUCGGCUUUGGGCAGGUGCUCCUGUUCAUCUCGAUGAUGAACUACACGGUGGACUCGUACACCAUCUUCGCGGCGUCUGCUCUGGCGGCGAACGCGAUCCUGCGCUCACUCUUCGGCGCUGCCUUUCCGCUCUUGUGAGUUGCCCGAUUCCAAGACAUUAUUUCCCAGUAUAUGCAGCGGUAUAUGCAGCCGACACUAACAGCAGACUCAGUACGCCCGUAAUGUACGCCAAGCUGGGGCCUCAGUGGGCGUCCUCGAUCCCCGCUUUCCUCUCGCUGGCGUGUACGCCGCUGCCGUUCCUCUUCAGGCGAUACGGCAAGGCGAUUCGCGACAAAUGCAAGUAUUCGGCCGAGUCGCAGCGGAUAUGGACUGCCAUGAUGAGCGCGCAGCGGGCGGUACGGGCAGAAGGGUCCUCGGUGGAGUCAUCGAUGGAUGAGCUGACGUCGGUUGGAGCUACGGGCGAAAAGGGCGCUGAGCGGGUAUAG